UUAUACUCAAGCUGUGCUGAUGCCGCGGCAUUAAUUAAUACUAUUUACACUAAUUUUCGUGUUAUAAUUAAUGAAAUUUGUGUGUUUUUGUGUUUAAUAUAAACAAUAAAACAUGUCCAAUCUAAAAAUUUGUCGAAUUUGUCUCUCAACAGAUGUAAAAAUGUAUGAAUACGAUCAGUAUGAUCUAAAGAGCUACUAUGAGCAAAUUAUGGCCACUAAAGUAAAUGAAAAGCAUGGUCUACCUAAAUGCUUCUGUUAUCAAUGUGCAGCUCUUCUACAUAAGUUUCAUAAGUUUAAAGAGAAGUGCUACAUCGGACAGAAGGCUCUCAGAGAAAUUUUAUGGAAGGGUCCUCUAACAAAAAAAGCAGUGCGAAACAUAGACAGAGAAAGCAAAAAUAUUCUAAUACCAUUAAACAUAAUAACUGUAAACAAAAGAGUCCGGACAUGUGUAGUAAAAACUUCAAACAAAAUCAAAUUACAAGAAACAAAACCAGUUGAAGUAGAUGUGGCAUCUCUAAGCGAUGAUGGAGAUUUUGGAGAUAAUACUUUUGAAGACAACAAAGAACAUUUACUCGAACUAGACAUAGAAAAGAUAGAUAUUAAAGAAAAGAAAGAAGAUUUCGUUGAACUAGAAAAGAUAGAAAAAGACAAAAUAGAUGAUUUUGGAAUUAUAGAACCAAUAGAUACUAAGAUACAACCGACGGAAAACGUCAAUUUCGAAAUAGAAAAAGUUUUCACUGAUGACGAAAUACAGAGUGACAAUGAAAAAGUAUUCGUUGAUGAUAUAAAGAUAAUAUCGGAAGACGAAGACGAUUACGAACCAGAAGAACCGAAAAAGAAGAGAACGAGAAAUACUAGUAGCAGUAAAAAGAAGAAAGCAAAAGAAACGAUACCAAAAGAGAAGAAAUUUGCCGUAAAAACUACAAAGAAGGCCGAAAUGGAUCCUAAUAAUUGGUUGAAGAUAAAUUUGACGGAAGAGGAAGCUGAAGCCGAGUUCAAAGCUAGAGGGCAGCACAAGCGGUAUUUGAAUGCUCAGUACAAAUGCACUGAUUGUUUGAAAGGAUUCUCUAAAGAGGAUAUGUUGAAGAGACAUGCUAAAUUAAGACAUAGUGAGUCCAACGGUCCAAUCGAGUGUCGUUUCUGCCACAUGCGUUUCAAAUGGAAAUGUUUCCUCAACAAACACAUGAGGCAGCACUAUACCAAAUACAAAUGUCUGCGCUGUGACCUCGUCUGUCCUUUAGAAACCACAGCACUUUUCCAUGAAGAAUAUCACAACGGUGUCACAAGGAAAUGCGAUCAUUGUGGCGAAGAGUUUAAACAUCUAACAACGUACUACACGCAUUUGCGUACGCAUCGCAGCGAGCACGUGUGCACUCUGUGCGGGGCCUCCUUCGUCAGUGUCACUGGACUCGGCAUACACAAGAAAAUCAAACAUGUUAAUGCUGAAUCUGAACUACCACAAGGCGAAGAGCAGUACUGUCAACGAUGUGACGUCAAGUUCGAGACGAGGAAGGCGUAUGAAGAACAUCUCAUACAUUCCGCCAUGCACGUGGAUGGGAUUGAAGACUUAGAAAUAAAUGCACCUCUCACUUCUAACCCCAGGAAACGGCGGCAGAACCUCAAGAGGCUGACUCGAAUACCUACAGACUGUCAUAUUUGCGGAAAACACUUCGCGACGCAAGCAGCUUGCAGAAAGCACCAUCUAGCGGAACAUCCGCGAACUUCCUUCUUCGCGCCCAACGAGAGACACAUCUGUGAGAUCUGCGGGAUGUCACUAGCGCCGGGCAGUGUCUCCAGUCACUUAAACACUCACACCCGAGAGAAGCUGUACACCUGCAACACCUGCGGCAGACAGUUCAGCAGUAAGGGAGGCAUGACUACACAUCAACUGACGCACACCAGCGAGAAGCCGGUAGCUUGCACUCUAUGCGACAAACGGUUUAAGCAAGUCAGCAGUAUGAAGCUACAUUACCGCACCUUCCAUCUUAAAGAACCGUAUCCUAAGAGGAACAGAAAAAAGAAAACCGAUGAACUAUCAAAGGAUGACUAUGUACACGAAGAUUCGGACGAUAAUAUGACAUUGGAUAACUUUUACGCGCGCAAGUUUUAAUUAUUAUACAUAUGUAUAUUAUUUAUAAUUAAUUUACAAAAUACUCAUAUUUUAUGUAUAUCAAACUUCGCAUAACCAGUGUCAACUGA